CUUGUAUUUUCCCAUCAAUCCCGUCAGAGCGGAAGCAUCGGUGAAGCUGCGGAGCUCUAGCCGCUGCAGCAGCGCUCUGGAUCGGCCACACACCGGGCUGACAUGCCGCGGGUAUGAUGGCUGCCUUCGGCAUUCUGAGCUACGAACACAGGCCUCUUAAACGGCCCAGACUCGGUCCACCGGACGUCUAUCCACAGGACCCGAAGCAAAAGGAGGAUGAGUUGACGGCAUUGAACGUCAAGCAAGGAUUUAACAACCAGCCGGCUGUCUCAGGCGAUGAGCAUGGCAGCGCUAAAAAUGUCAAUUUCAAUCCUUCAAAGAUCAGCUCAAACUUCAGCAGCAUCAUUGCAGAGAAGUUACGCUGCAACACAUUUCCAGACACUGGGAAGAGGAAGCCGCAGGUCAAUCAGAAGGACAAUUUCUGGCUCGUCACGGCCAGGUCUCAGAGCUCCAUUAAUAAUUGGUUCACAGACUUGGCGGGGACCAAACCCUUAACUCAGCUUGCUAAAAAGGUUCCCAUCUUCAGCAAGAAAGAGGAAGUGUUUGGCUACCUUGCUAAAUACUCUGUCCCAGUGAUGCGAUCUGCCUGGAUGAUUAAAAUGACAUGUGCAUAUCAUGCUGCCAUAACUGAAACUAAGGUGAAGAAGAGGCAUGUCAUUGACCCCUGCAUAGAAUGGACUCAGAUAAUUACUAAAUACCUGUGGGAGCAGCUGCAGAAGGUGGCAGAGUUUUACAGACAGUCUCCCAGCCAGGGCUGCGGGUCUCCUCUUCCCGCUCCUCCUGCAGAGGUCGAAACUGCAAUGAAACAGUGGGAGUACAACGAGAAACUGGCCAUGUUCAUGUUCCAGGAUGGCAUGUUAGACAGACAUGAGUUCCUCACCUGGGUGCUGGAGUGUUUUGAGAAGAUCAGACCCGGGGAAGACGAGCUUCUGCGAUUGCUGCUGCCGCUCCUCUUACAGUAUUCUGGGGAGUUUGUGCAGUCAGCAUAUUUAUCUAGACGGCUGGCGUAUUUCUGCACGCGCCGGCUCAAUUUGCUGCUGAGCGAUGGCAGUCUCGGCCCAGGCCCGGGCGGGCACCCGGCCCACAGCAUUUCGGCACAGCAAGGGAACGCUCUGCCCCCCACCCCCACCUCCCAGCCUUCAGGGGGCAACCAGCCCCAGACCCCCUUCACAGACUUCUACAUCUGUCCCCAGCACAGACCCGUGGUGUUUGGACUCAGCUGCAUGCUGCAGAGUAUCGUGUUGUGUUGCCCCAGCGCUCUGGUCUGGCACUACUCACUGACAGAUAGCCGUAAUAAGACCGGCUCCCCGUUAGACCUCUUGCCAAUCGCCCCCUCUAACCUGCCCAUGCCGGGCGGCACCAGCACCUUUAACCAGCAGGUUCGGGCCAAGGUGAGGGAGAUUGAAGAGCAGGUGAAAGAGAGAGGACAGGCUGUGGAGUUCCGCUGGUCUUUCGACAAGUGUCAGGAAACCACAGCAGGUUUCACUAUUAGUCGGGUUCUGCACACAUUGGAGGUUUUGGAUAACCACAGCUUUGAGAAGUCGGACUUUAGCAAUUCCCUGGACUCGCUGUAUAACCGGAUUUUUGGCUCGGGUCAGAGCAAAGAUGGACACGAGAUGAGUCCAGACGACGAUGCGGUGGUGACCCUGCUGUGUGAGUGGGCUGUUUCCUGUAAAAGGUCAGGGCCGCACAGAGCCAUGGUGGUGGCCAAACUCCUGGAGAAGAGACAGACGGAGAUUGAGGCAGAGAGGUGUGGAGAGUCAGAGGUCGUAGAUGAGAAAGGCUCUGUGUCAUCAGGGUCACUGUCUACUGCCACUCUGCCUGUCUUCCAGGACGUCCUACUGCAGUUCCUGGACACCCAGGCCCCUGUGCUCACUGAGCCCGGGAACGAGAGCGAGCGAGUGGAGUUCUCUAAUCUUGUGCUGCUCUUCUGCGAGCUCAUCCGUCAUGACGUCUUCUCACACAACAUCUACAUGUGCACCCUCAUCUCCCGGGGGGACCUGGCCUCCGAUUCCCAUCUGCCCCGCCCACGUUCCCCCAGCGACGAGCCCUCUGACGAAUCAGAGCGCAAAGAGCAGGAUGCAGGAAGCAGUGUAAAAAUCGAGGAUACUGGUAUGUCAGAGUCGAUGGAGAUGGAUCACAACUCAAGCGCUAACUUUGAUGAGCAGAUGUUCUCUCCUCCAAUGCACUGUGAGUCGAAGGGAAGCCCUUCACCGGAGAAACCUGCCCAAGAGCAGGAGAGCAAAAACACUGCCAAGGAUAAGGGCAUGGACCCGGCCUUCCCCCUGGUUUACGAGCAGCCUCGCCACAUACAGUACGCCACCCACUUCCCCAUUCCUCAGGAGGAGAACGCAAGUCAUGAGUGUAACCAGCGUCUGGUGGUUCUCUAUGGAGUAGGCAAGCAGCGAGAUGAAGCUCGCCACGCCAUCAAGAAGAUCACCAAAGACAUCCUGAAGGUUCUCAACCGCAAGAGUACAGCAGAGACAGGAGGUGAGGAAGGCCAGAAGAGGAAGAGGAGUAAACCCGAGGCCUUUCCCACUGCUGAAGACAUUUUCUCUAAAUUCCAGCACCUCUCACACUUUGACCAGCACCAGGUCACCUCUCAGGUGUCCAGGAAUGUUCUGGAGCAGAUCACCAGCUUUGCCUUAGGGAUGUCCUAUCACCUCCCACUGGUCCAACACAUCCAGUUCAUCUUCGACCUCAUGGAGUACUCUCUCAAUAUAAGUGGCCUCAUUGACUUUGCUAUACAGCUGCUGAAUGAAUUGAGUCUGGUGGAAGCAGAACUGCUGCUGAAAUCCUCCAACCUGGCCGGCAGUUACACUACAGGUCUCUGUCUGUGUAUUGUGGCCGUUCUGCGGAGAUACCACUCCUGCCUCAUCCUCAACCCUGACCAGACCGCACAGGUCUUUGAUGGGCUGCGGAUCGUAGUAAAGUCUGGCGUGAAUCCUGCAGACUGUUCCUCAGCUGAACGCUGUAUCCUGGCCUAUCUCUACGACCUCUAUACCUCCUGCAGUCACCUAAAGAGCAAGUUUGGAGAGAUUUUCAGUGAGUUCUGCUCAAAGGUCAAGAACUCCAUCUACUAUAACAUUGACCCAUCAGACUCCAACAUGCUGUGGGAUCAGAUGUUCAUGAUCGAUGCCAUCGCUAACCCUACCGCACACAAUAUCAACCACUCCAUGGUGGGAAAGAUCCUCAACGACAGCCCAGCUAACCGCUACAGCUUUGUGUGUAACGUGCUCAUGGACGUGUGUGUGGACCAUCGUGAUCCUGAGAGGGUGAAUGAUAUCGGUAUCCUGUGUGCGGAGCUGACGGCGUACUGUCGCUCUCUCAGUGCUGAGUGGUUGGGAGUGCUCAAGGCUCUCUGCUGCUCUUCCAACAACGGCAACUGCGGCUUUAACGAUCUACUCUGCAACGUUGACGUGAGUGAUCUUUCUUUCCAUGACUCACUGGCGACAUUCGUCGCUAUCCUGAUAGCUCGGCAGUGUUUGUUGCUGGAGGAUCUGGUGCGCUGCGUGGCCAUCCCCUCUCUCCUGAACGCAGCCUGUAGUGAGCAGGAUUCUGAACCUGGAGCCAGACUGACCUGCAGGAUCCUGCUUCAUCUGUUCAGAACCCCACAGCGCAACCCCUGUCCACAAGACGGCACCAAAUCAGACAAAUCCACAGUGGGCAUCAGAUCGUCCUGCGACCGACACUUGCUGGCUGCUUCUCAGAACAGCAUUGUGGUGGGGGCCGUGUUUGCCGUGUUAAAGGCCGUUUUCAUGCUGGGAGAUGCUGAGCUGAAGGGUUCUGGCUUCUCCCAUCCUGCUGGCUUGGACGACAUUGGAGAGGAUGACAUGGGCUCCAAAAAAUCUGGAGGACGUAACGUCUCUAUUGAAACAGCCAGUCUGGUGGUUUACGCCAAGUAUGUGCUGAAGAGCAUCUGCCAGCAGGAAUGGGUCGGCGAGCGGUGUUUGAAGUCUCUGUCGGAGGACAGCAGUGCACUGCAGGAUCCAGUGCUGGGGAACAUCCAGGCUCAGCGGUUACUGCAGCUCAUCUGUUACCCACACAGGCAGCUGGACAGCGAGGAGGGCGAGAAUCCUCAGAGACAGCGCAUCAAACGCAUCCUGCAGAACAUGGACCAGUGGACCAUGAGACAGUCGUCUCUCGAGCUACAGCUCAUGAUCAAGCAAUGCUCGCCUAAUUCAAACUCAACUAAUGUAAGCUCAACUAAUGAGCUGUAUGCUCUUCAGGAAAAUAUAGCCAAGGCCACCAUAGAAGUUUUCCAGAAAUCUGCUGAGAUGAACUCUAGUAAUCCCACCUGGAAUGGCUCCGCUGUCUCUGGCGGCUCCGUCUCCAAUAGCAACAGUGCCAGCAAGCUGAAACCUGUGCUCAGUUCCUCUGAGCGUUCGGGUGUCUGGUUAGUGGCCCCUCUGAUUGGUAAGCUGCACACCUCAGUGCAGGGUCACGUCCUGAAGGCCGCUGGUGAAGAGCUGGAGAAGGGACAGCACCUGGGACCCUCCUCGCGAAAAGAAAGAGAUCGGCAGAAACAAAAGAGUAUGUCUCUCUUGAGCCAGCAGCCCUUCCUGUCUCUGGUGCUGACGUGUCUCAAGGGACAAGAUGAGCAGAGAGAAGGUCUCUUGACUUCCCUUUACAGCCAAGUCCAGCAGAUUGUGACGAACUGGCGUGAGGACCAGUACCAGGACGACUGCAAAGCCAAGCAGAUGAUGCACGAGGCGUUGAAGCUGAGACUCAAUCUGGUGGGCGGGAUGUUUGAUACGGUACAGCGUAGCACACAGCAAACGACAGAGUGGGCGGUGCUUCUGCUGGACAUCAUCAGCAGUGGUACUGUGGACAUGCAGUCAAACAAUGAGCUCUUCACUACGGUGUUAGACAUGCUGAGCGUGUUGAUUAACGGCACUUUGGCGGCUGACAUGUCCAGCAUCUCUCAGGGCAGUAUGGAGGAGAACAAGAGGGCCUACAUGAACCUGGUCAAGAAGCUCAGGAAAGAACUCGGUGACCGUCAGUCCGAGAGCUUGGAGAAAGUGCGUCAGUUGCUGCCUCUACCCAAGCAGACACGUGAUGUCAUCACCUGUGAGCCCCAGGGGUCGCUCAUCGACACCAAGGGCAACAAAAUUGCUGGAUUUGAAAAGGAGGGUCUUCAGGUGUCGACUAAGCAGAAGAUUUCUCCAUGGGACGUGUUUGAGGGGCUGAAGCACUCUGCUCCGCUCUCCUGGGGCUGGUUCGGAACCGUGAGGGUCGAUCGCAAAGUCACAAAGUUUGAGGAGCAGCAGCGGCUCCUGCUUUACCACACCCACAUAAAGCCCAAACAACGCAGUUACUAUCUGGCACCCCUCAACCUGCCCCAAGAGGAGGAGGAGCCACCUACACCUGUGGCUCCCGAGCCGGACAAGAAGGUGGAAACAGGGAAGCAGGAGAAGAGCGUCAACAGUGUUGCAUCUGACAGUAAGAAGAAGAAGAAAAAGAAACAGCCAUCUGCAAAUAAACAAGAGGACUACAAGCCGCACAACCCAGGAGUCAUGCAGUACACGCCACCCAUGGACAUGGGCAUGGGCCAAUCGAACAUGCCUUUUCCGAUGGGUUAUCGGCCUCAAAUGAUCUAUGCCCAAAACCAGCCUCUACCACCAGGAGGCCCCGGUUUGGAGCCCCCUUUCCGUCCCAGGACUCCUAUGACCAAAAUUCCUCCACGUUCCUACACUAUGCCUAAUAUGCAGCCUGCUGGCAUGGGCAACAUGAUGGGAAUGGACAAGCAGUACCAGUUGACCUAUAAGCCAACACCCAACAUGGCUCAGGGGCAGAUUCUCCGUCAUCAGCUACAGGUCAGACUGGGGAGUCAUAAUCAUUUAAUUGGACAGCAGAUUAGACAAGUGGCACCUAAUCAACAGUAUCCACCAAUGCAGUCGACACAGAACAUGCCCCAUGGCUACACCCCCUACGGCUCACACAUGGGGAUUCAGCCACACCCCUCACAGACCGCUGGAAUAGUUCCUCCCUCGUACGGUAACCAGGGCUUCCAGGGAGGACAUCCUGGCACCAACCCAGGCAUGGUGGAUUCUCUCAGGCCAAUGCAGCAGAGGCCGAGUGGCUAUGUGCAUCAGCAGGCUCCCGGAACAUACGCACACGCAAUGCAGAACACACAAAGAUUCUCCCAUCAGUCCAUGCAGCAGGCGCCUAUGAUGCACGGCCUGGCUCCAGGACACCUGGGACCGCAGGGGAUGCACCCCAACAUGAGGCCUAAUCAGAUGAUGGACCAGCAGCAGCAGCAAGCUCAGCAGCAACAACAGCAGCUGAUAAGACAGCAUCCAGCUCUCCGACAACAGGUGCAGCAGCAACAGCAGCAGGUUCAACAACAAGUGCAGCAGCAACAGCAGGUUCAGGUGCAGCAGCAGCAGCAACAACAGCAGCAGCAGGUCCAGCAGCAACAGCAGGUUCAGCAGCAGCAGGUUCAACAACAACAACAACAACAACAACAACAGCAGCAGCAACAGCAGGCAUCAGCCCAGCCUCCCGCUCAGGCCCUGGGCAUGCAGGCUCUGCCCCCGCAGCAGCCCAUGUUCCCACGGCAAGGCAUGCAGCAGACCCAGCAGCAGCAGCAGACUGCAGCCCUGGUCCGACAGCUCCAGCAGCAGCUCUCAAAUACUCAACCUGGACAAAACACCAACUCAUAUUACUGAGCAUGAAUGAAUUUCAGUGGUGGCAAAGAAUGAUUUUGUGUCCACAUAAGCGGACCUUUGUGAGAUGAGGAACUCCUGAAAGAAGCCCACAGGGCUGGAUCUAGAGUAGAGGCAAACGUUGUUUUUCAGACAUGCAUUUCUGAAAGUCAUAGAAGCUUUGUUCUGUGAAACAUUGAGGUGAACAGUGAAAGUUUAUGUAAAAAGAAGUACAGGAAAUUAUAAAAAAUAUUGCAACUUUUUUAUUUUAUUUCAAUUUGUACAAUUUUUCAGUUUCGUGUAUUUCUCAUUAAAAAAAAAACCAUGUCACUUUUUAAACCUUGUCUUACAUUGUCGAAACAUUAUAGUGUUACCGUAAAGGGAUAUUUCACCCAAAAAUGACUCACCCUCAUGUCGUUCCACACCUGGAAGCCAUUUGUGAUCACAAAUGAAGAUCGUUUCAAUGAAAUCGCAGUCCCUCCAUUGACAGCUACAUAACUACCACUUUGACGCUUCAAAAAGAUAUCGUAAAACUAAUCCAUAUGAAGUGAGUGGUUUAGUCUGAAGAGACUUGAUCGCUUUACAUGAAUAACAGAUUUAAUUUAGCCUAAAUUCAAUCAAGCUAUCAUGUGUCUCCAGAAAAUUUGAACUAAUACACUCAAUUCAUUUGUAUUAGAUUUACAAUCUCUUUAUGAAGCGUCAAAGUGCUAGUUACGUAGCCAUGGAAGCUUGUUUCCGCCACAGAAUAAAAACGUUUAAAAGAUAAUUGCGAGUUUAUAUCUUGUAAUUCUGACUUAUUUCACGCAAAUCUGAGAAAUGGUCUCAAAUUGUGUGUUAUAGUCAAAAUCGUAAUUGUAACUCACAAUUUUGAUAUCUUUUCUCAGAAUUGUAAGAUAGAAACUCGCAAUCGCGAGUUAUAAAGUU